CCAAUGUACUUUCUACUCAGUCAGCUCUCCUUUAUUGACAUGAUGUACAUCUCCACCACAGUGCCCAAGAUGACCACUAACUUCCUGACAAAGGGUAAGAACAUUACAUUUUUAGGUUGUGAGAUUCAAGCAUUUGUAUUCUUGGCCCUUGGUGGGACUGAAGCCCUUCUCCUUGGUUUCAUGUCCUAUGAUUGAUACGUAGCCAUCUGUCACCCUUUGCACUAUCCUGUACUCAUGAACAAGAAGAUCUGUUGGUUCAUGGUCACAUGUGCAUGGACCAGUAGUUCUACUAAUGCUUUAAUACAUACACUGUAUGUAUUUCAACUUCCAUUUUGUAGGUCUCGGGUUGUUAACCACGUUUUCUGUGAAGUUCCAUCUCUACUACCACUGGUGUGUCAGGAUACUUCCCAGUAUGAACAUACAGUCAUCGUCAGUGGGCUUAUUAUUCUGCUGUUGCCAUUCAUGGCCAUUCUAGCUUCCUAUGCCCGUGUACUUACUGUGGUGUUCCAGAUGAGCUCAGGUAAAGGACAGACAAAAGCUGUCUCCACUUGCUCCUCUCACCUGAUUGUGGCAAGCCUAUUUUAUGUGACUGGUCUCUCCACCUAUACAAGGCCACACUACUUGCACUCUCCAGAACAGGAUAAGGCAGUGGCAGUGUUUUACACCCUCAUCACACCU